AUGAAGAUUUCAAAAUUUUCAGUUUUUACAACAUUUUGCUCUUUCGUUAACGCACUCCCUUCGCCACCAACCAAUUGGUGGACUUUAGUUCCCGACAAUGGGUUAAGAGUUGACAAUGGUCUCAGAAUUAAUGCCACUUGUUUCAGAACUGUUGUCUGGGACUUUGACCUGGAGAUUGCCAUAGUCAUUGCCCGUUAUGAUGACCUGAAAUUACAGGCCAUUCAAUGCACUGGACAAUCUAGCGGUACUAGUCUGAUUAGAGUUGCCCAAGGAGAUACUGCAACUCAACAUGAGGUUGGUCAAGUUAAUGCUGCCGAUCAAAUUGAUGACGGUCAAGUUAAUGCUGCUAGUCAAAUCAGUGAUGGUCAAGUUAAUGCUGCCAGUCAAAUUAGUGAUGGUCAAGUCAACAGUGGUGCUGCCAAUCAAAUCAGCGAUGGUCAAGUGAACAGCGGAACUGCUAGUCAAAUUAGUGAUGGUCAAGUGAACAGUGGUGCUGCCAGUCAAAUUAGUGAUGGUCAAGUCAACGGUGGCAAUUCCGGAUCCGGAACAUCCUCUGCUACUAUUGGUAGCAUUUGCGUUGAUGACAAUUCAUUAAGAAUUGCUUUAAAAAAUGGAACCAUUGUUGAUGAACAAGGAAGAAUCGGUUCCAUUGUUGCCAACCACCAAUUCCAAUUCGAUGGACCACCUCCUCAAGCAGGUACUAUAUAUGCCGGUAAUUGGAAUCUCUAUAACUACGACGGGUCCGGUCAUUAUUUAUUGAGUCUUGGGUCUCAAUUUAUAUUUUAUGCUUGCUCAGGUGGUGAUUUCAACAACCUUUAUGAUGUUGCUAUUACUGAUCAAUGCUUCCCAGUUAUUUUCAGGGCUUACGCAGUCAAUGGUAAUUGUUGA